ACCAAUAAUCCUCUCAGCAGUCCGAACUGUCCUUUGUAGUCUUCUGAUGUCUGAUUUCGUAGCUGAAACAAACCAGACAGUUAUUGAAGUGCAGAGGACAGACUCAAUGACUGCUGAGUAAAACUGUAUCAGCAGCGCCUGUGGCAGGUUGAACUUCCUCAACUGGUGAAGGAACUACAACCUCUGCUGGGCCUUUUUCACAAUGGAGUCAAUGUGUGUCUCCCACUUCAGGUCCUGUGAGAUGGUAGUGCCCAGGAACCUGAAUGACUCCACUGCUGCCACAGUGCUGUUUAGAAUGACUCGUCGUAAUCUCGGAUGGGGCUGAUGACAGUGGUGUCGUCUGCAACCUUCAGGAGCUUGACAGAGGGGUCCUUGGUGAUGCAGUCAUUGGUGUAGAGGGAGAAGAGUAGUGGGGAGAGCACACAUCCCUGGGGAGCACCAGUGCUGAUUGUACAGGUGCUAGAGGCUAACCAGACAAGUGAAAGAGGAGCCAGCAGAGCAGGACAGUGAGAGGUUUACCAUCGAGGAUCUGUUUGAGGCAGCGUCCAGUGGUGACGUGUCUAAACUGCAAGGUUUACAGAAGUACCUGCAAAAAAAAAAAAAACAUCUCAGCGAUUCUUUAUAUAUGUCCAAUGGAAAGACAGCCCUGCUGAAAGCUCUUUUAAACUUGAAGAAUGGCGAGAAUGCCACUAUCGCAUAUCUGCUUGACAUUGCAGAGAAAAUGAAUGAUUUAAAGAAAUUCAUAAAUGCUGCAUACACAGACAGUUACUUCAAAGGCCAGACAGCUCUCCACGUUGCAAUUGAAAGGAGGAGUGCAAAGUUUGUAAAGAUGCUGGUUAUGAAAGGAGCAGAUGUCCAUGCAAAAGCCUGUGGGACAUUCUUUCAGCCAAAUAAAGGCAUGUGCUUCUAUUUUGGUGAGUUGCCAUUGUCGCUGGCUGCUUGCACGAAUCAGCUAGAUAUUGUUAACUUCCUGUUGGAUAACAGUUAUCAGCAAGUGGAUCUCAUGGAGAAGGACUCUCAUGGAAAUAUUGUGCUUCACGCCCUAGUAGUCGUGGCCGAUAAUAGUCCUGCGAACACAGAGUUUGUCAUUGCCAUGUAUGACCACAUCUUAUCCAAAGCCGCUCAACUUGACCCCGAGCUAAAGCUGGAGGAAAUAGAGAAUAAUCAGGGACUAACUCCCAUCAAACUAGCAGCCAACACAGGAAAAAUUGAGUUGUUCAGGCACAUUGUUGGGCGGGAGUUUAAAGAGUGCAGACACCUGUCACGGAAGAUCACAGAAUGGGUCUAUGGUCCAGUGUGCUCCUCUCUCUAUGAUCUCUCGUCCCUCGACACCUACGAGAAAAACUCCGUACUGGAGAUAGUCGUCUAUGGCAGCGAGAUUCCUAAUCGUCUUGAUAUGCUCAAUAUUGAGCCACUCAAUAAACUACUAGAAGAGAAGUGGGACAGAUUUGCACGAUGGAUUUUCUUGUUUAACUUCAUCGUUUAUCUUGUCUACCUUUUCACCUUCACUACAGUUGCUCUUCAGCGCCCAUCAGGGGAGAUUCCACAUACUUAUGGGAAUGAAAGGGAAGACUACCUGCUUCUUACAGGACACAUCAUUACUGCCAUUGGAGCGCUUUACUUCUUUUUGAAAGGGUUAAUAGAUAUGGUCAGAAAACAUACAAGAUUUCAGGCCCUGUUGAUAGAUGGAUACAAUGAUGAGCUUUUUUUUCUGCAGGCCCUGCUCUUCAUGGUGUGUGCUGCACUAUACUUUUUUGGUAAGGAUGAAUACCUGGUUUUUCUAGUUCUGUGCCUUGCUCUGAGCUGGGUAAACCUCCUCUACUUCUUCAGGGGAUCCAAAUUCAUGGGAAUCUACAGUGUCAUGCUACAAAAGAUGAUUCUUGGAGAAAUUCGACGAUUCCUUGUUGUGUACCUGGUCUUCCUAAUUGGAUUUUCUACAGCUUUGGUAACGCUUCUCAAUGAAACACCUGAGUCCCCAAAAGGCCGUUCUUUCUUCGAGGUUAUGAAUGGAACUGAGAACUGCAAGAAGCCCACAUAUAAAAGCAUUUCCUUCACCACUCUGGAGUUGUUUAAGUUUACAAUUGGCAUGGGAGAUCUGGAGUUCACAGAUAAUUAUAAUUAUGAGGGGGUGUUUUAUGUGCUGUUGAUCUUGUAUAUUGUUCUGACGUACAUUUUGCUGCUGAACAUGCUGAUUGCGCUGAUGAAUAGAAGCGUGGAGGAGAUGUUCAGUGAGAGCACCAGGAUCUGGAAACUACAGCGUGCGAUCACAACCUUGGACAUGGAGUGGAUGCUUCCUCGCUGUCUGAAAAAAAGGCUGCGCUCAGGGGUAAAGAAGAACCUGGGCAGGGGGCAAGAGCCCGAUCAACGGUGGUGCUUCAGUGUGGAAGAAGUCAACUGGAAACAGUGGAAAAGAAACCUGGGUAUAGUGAACGAGGAUCCUGGGAAUUUACGCAUGCGCGUACCUACGACAACCGAACACCAGAAAGAGCCUGGAUGGGGUGGAAUCGUGCGAACUUUCAGUAAAUGGGGGACACAAAGACGCAGACAGCACAGCAAUGCACACGAGUUAAGUCCACUAGCUGAGGUCUCAAGCUCUGAUGGACUUCUGACGACAAAUACCACCAGUGGACUGUAAAUCACUGUGUAUGCCCAUAAUGUAUCUGUGUUAUGCCAGGUUUUAAACUGCUUGAAGAACAAGCUAUUUUAUUCAAUAUACUGAAUCUAUGUGCUAUCUACUUACAAUGACUUGAAGAGGAAAAGACAACUAUUUCCACUAUUCAUUUUAAUUGGCUGGAAUAAAAUAAUUAUAUACAUCAAACACCUUCUGUUCACAAAAAGCAUGAAUGUUUUUCAUUAACAUUUAAGUGUUUUAGGGUUAAUAACCCAAUACAGGGUUUCCACACUUUUUCACUGUGUGUGGUUAUUAGUUAAGGACAUUUAUAAACAUUUGAUAAUUUCUAGCUGAUCACAUAUUUUAAAACUGAUCAUAACUAGAAAGGAUAUACAUAUUCUCUAGAAAAAAAAUUCCAGGCCUUGAAAUCACUAUGUUUUCCAUGACCAUGGGAACCCUGCCAAUAACACAAUGUAUUGUUGUCAUAUAUUUACAUACGUCGUACACAUUUACUUGUAAUUGAUGCUUAGUUUCUAAAAAACAUAUAUAUAUAUUUUAAAUAACACAAAGAAGCAAUGGAUUGUUUUUGGGGCAAUGUGUAAAAGUGUUUGUGCAUGUCGCCCUCUUGUGGCGUCACGUGCUUCUGCUCAUGACUGAUGUGGCACUCGAGACACAACUGAAACGCAUCAAAGGAGGAUGCAGAUAAUGUUCAGAUACAAUGAGUCCACCAUGCAUUACAAAACCACUACUUCUGUCAUCUUUCAGAAAGACUGUAAGCUGCCUGUCCUGUUGCAUAUUUAAGGGAUGUUUAAUUUUGUCCACCUGCUCUCUUUUUCUAUUCGUGUUCUAUGUAAACAUGCGCUCUGUUAUAAGCGUUUUCCCUUUCUACACUAGAAUGCGUCCGCAGAGGGCCUUCUUUUCCUUAUUUUACUGCCUAGAUGCAGUGCACUGCUCAUUAAAGUUCAGUGAUGGGUUAUUUCGUCUGUCGCCAUUAUUUUACUGCGCCCUGCAGAGCUAAAAUGCUCUGACCCCAGAUCGCGGCAGUCCUGCUGUGCUCCUCUUUAUGUAACUUCAAUUUCCAUCCGUACCAGACGGCUCAGAGCCGCGACAACCUGCCUGCUAUGCGUCACUUCCUGGCGCUGUGUCGCUUUGAUAUACAGAGCCAUUAAAUAAAAUGAAUGCAAUCAUG